CAAGUUGGCCGCGAUGACUGUGCUGCUGGCAGCGGGGUUUCUCCGCGGCAUCCCUGCCUCCGGACCGCGCCGCUGCUCGCCCUGAAUCCUCGCCACCCGCUUCAAGCUUAAUUCUCAUGGUGUGGUCGCUGGGCUGCCGCUUUCCCCCGCUUUUGCCAUGGGAGGUGGAGGAAAAGGGAUUGUCCGUGAGUCAACGCUGAAAAUGUGAUUAAGAGGAACUGCUUUCGCUAAUCUGUUUCUAACCUUUUAGUCCAUGUUGGCCUGUGACCCCUUUCAGCUUUCAGAUCGAGCCUGAUUAGACCACAACACUGGUCUCCCUAUGGAAGCAGCUGUCUCUAUCUGGCAUUGAGAUCCCAUGGAGAAGCCAAGGAGGGGGAUGGCUCUUCAUAUCCAUGAAGCCUGGAUACUUCUGUUUGUAAUCCCUGCGUUGGUCGCUCCGGCUGCCAUCAAUCAUGAAGACUACCCUGCCGAUGAAGGGGACCAGACCUCCAGUAAUGACAAUCUGAUCUUUGAUGACUACCGAGGGAAGGGCUGUGUGGAUGACAGUGGGUUUGUGUACAAACUGGGAGAACGUUUUUUCCCGGGACAUUCCAACUGUCCCUGUGUCUGUACUGAGGAUGGACCUGUUUGCGAUCAACCAGAAUGCCCUAAAAUCCACCCAAAGUGUACAAAAGUGGAACACAAUGGGUGCUGUCCAGAAUGCAAAGAAGUGAAAAACUUUUGUGAAUAUCAUGGGAAAAAUUACAAAAUCUUGGAGGAAUUUAAGCCCUCGCCAUGCGAAUGGUGUCGCUGCGAGCCCAGCAAUGAAGUUCACUGUGUUGUAGCAGACUGCGCAGUUCCCGAGUGUGUCAACCCAGUCUAUGAACCAGAACAGUGUUGUCCUGUCUGCAAAAAUGGAAUUCCUGAAAUGGCCAGAUUUUAAGAUUGCAGUUAAAACCCCUUCAGUCAAAGUCUAUGCAAUAUGCUGAUUGAUUGUGCAGAUGCGAGUUGAAUGUGACCAGCCAAGAAGAAGAUGUAUCCCCCACGCCGGACUUUGCUGGACUCCACGAUCCUCUUCAUAGGUCCCGGAGACAGAAGCUGGUAGUAUAGCAUAGCCACGUCACCCUUCGUUCUCGGCGGAUGAAAUAAUCAUGGCAGCCAGCCAGCUUUUUGGGUACUCGGUUGACCCCACCACUCCCACCCCACUGAGAUGGCAGGCUGAGGGGCCGCGGGAAGGACCUGCCGCACUUCGGUCAGUGCUUGCCCAGCACGGGGGGGGCCAGUGGUUGCUCCACAGCCACCUCCUGAGCGCUGCUGUGCCGAUGCAGAGAUGCCACCCCACAUCAGGAGUCAUCUUCUAUUUUUGCAGAAGCUGUAGAAGCUGCCGUAACGUUGCCAUGACAGAGCCCGCUGCACUGAGGCUUUGGGGCCAGCUAUGAAAAUCAGUGGUUUUGGAAGGGUGAAUGCAAAAGCAAAUUCCUGAGACUACAAAUGAUGCGUUUUUGAUUGUUUGUUGGCUAAUGUUCUUUGUGUUUACCAGCAGGAAUGUAAACUGUGGUGCCCUAUUAGCUCAAUUAAAGGAGUGAUUUGAUUACCAACAGAGGGGAAAAAGAGGAUUGAUUUAAAAGCUGGUGGAAGAUCAAGACUGAAAACAAGAUGGUAUAUUUGGGCCAGGCAGUCACCGACCUGACAAAACACUUUGUACUUGCUUUACUGUUCCUUGAAAAAGAAGUCAUUUCACUGAAAUGGAUUUUCAGUGGAGCUCGUUCACCUCCAUCACUCUGGGCCAAGUGGUUAAAGAUACAUAGAUGCUGAACUUGCUGAUGAGAGUUGGGUACGUAAGCAUCUAUCAGGAGCCAGCCCCUCCAUUGCUUUUGGAAAUCUCACGCAGCUGGAUUAUCCAGGUGCUCAAAUGCCCUGCUGACUCAAGACUGUGACCCGCUCCCUGUGGACACAGCUGUUGGAAGAGUUACUUAAUAACGGUGAAAAGCUUUGGAAAGGUGUAUAGAGGUUAAACCUUCCAGAAUUAACCAUCCUGGUGCUGGAUAGCAUCAGGGAGGGCUGAGUUGAAUGUUCCACCUCCUGCAGUUUAGAAGAAGGAGAGACUAAAGGAGGCGAGGGAGAGGAAAAGCCUUUAGAGAACAAAAAAGACAUGAACUGAACAGCGCUUAAUGUGAUUAACUCUAUCACACAGCUCAGUGCUCACACAAAGUGGUAGCUGCUGGACUGUGUAGCAUCAGAGUGACAGUGGCGCUGCCGGGAAAAGCCCGAUGCAAAGAGUGCUGCAGCAGGGCUCCAGCGGGACGGCAGCCCCUUUUGACCCGGCGUGUUCAUCUGCAAGCUUACAGGGGCUUCCUGAGCAUUUGUGGUCUCUUCCUCUGCUCAGGAAGCAAGAAAAGGAUAAUUCACACAUUAAAUAGGCAGGAGAAGAUGCCAGACAGCCGAAGGCCAGGCGGGAGCUGAAGGCUGCUAUCCUGAGUUUGUACCCCAGGUCCUGACCGUGUUGCCGUGCUUCCACCCCAGCACAGUCCAAAGUGAAUGUCUAGAGGCACCCUAAAGAGAAGGGUCAGGGGCAACUGUGAGAAGUCAUUUGUUGGAUGGGACUUGCUCCAAAGCUCUCAAUAAGCGGACACAGCUCACAGAGGCGUGGGAAACACGUUACUGCAUUGCUCUUUAAACUCAGAAAUAUUUAUGAAGAAGCAUCUGCUCACCGGUGAUUUUUUCCCCUUGGGAAAACAUUGCUGAAAUUAGUGUGCACAAGCCUAUGGCAGUGGUAGUUCAAGAUCCGCUAUCAUCAUGCUGGUAUAUUGUAGAGGAGCGGGUGGGUUUGGGUGUUUUUUGGGGGGGAAAGUUUCUAGGUUCAGGUUGGGAAACCGGGUUUCUUUUGCAGACCGGAAGCAGGCCGGGCAGUGCUGGAAUGAAAGCAGACACGGUGUUGCUGUUCCUCACCUGAGCAGAUUCGUGGUGUAACUUAAAAGACCAAAAGUGACAUUAUUAUCCAGUUACAUUGCUGUAAACCAUUUUGCUGCAAGAGAAGCCUAAAGUCAAAUCCUCAGUCCGUGUCACUUGGUGUAACGCCGGCAGUGUUGUUUUACUCUGAUUUACUCCAGCUGAGGAUCUGCCCUGCAGGAGCGAGUACCUCUGGAUGACUCACAGGCACAUUGCGGGAGGCUGGGGUGUUUUGCAUGGCCAGGCUUUCUAAAAGGAUUAGAGAUGGGUUUGCUUUUGCAGCUCUAGAAGGUUGGGAUUAUUAAGCAUAUCUGUAUGAGAAGAGUGGCAGACACUGUCUUCAUGUAUUUCUAAUUUAAUGAAUGUUUAAUGCUUCUUUUAUUGGAGCCUACAUAUAUGUAGAGUAGAGGACUCUAACAAGGGGUUGACUUAAGUCAAAUAAUUGAUGUUUGAGCUGCUCCUUUUACAUGAAAUGCAGACUUUACAGAGCAAAGAGACUGUAAUGAAAAUAUGAAUUAAAGAUUAGAGCUAAGCAAGUCUGAGGAAACUUAGAAUUAAAAAAGGCACUUACAACUUUUCUCCUCCUGCUUCCUUUCCUUCCCUCCACCUUUUCUACAUCUCCAUCUUCUCUGCUUCUGUGGAAGUCUGUAGAAGUCCUGGUCCUGCAUUUCAGCCGCAGCCUUCUAUCUCUUCCACACCUACGCACCUUGCAGAGGGAAUCAGCGCAGUAAUCUCAUUCUGGGUAUUACUGUGUUUGCACAUCAUCCCAGUCUGCUACGCUUGCCAACACACCAAUCAGUUUGGCUGGAGAGACUCAAAAGUAUUUUUAAGGUGUGUUUUUCUUCAUCUCUAUCCCUGCUUUGCUGAUGGAGUGUGUCUCCUGGGCAGAAUGAAAAUAAGUGCAAGUUUUGUGGAUACAUUUGCCAGAGAGAUCCACAAUUUGUUAUGGCAUGUCCAGGUGAGGGUGGAAGAGGGUAAUUUAUCUGUGGUGGUGAUGCUGCUGUGUGACACUGGUUGAGCUGUGCUGCCUGGAGAAGGUUCCUGUAGGACAGGCUCAAGGCUGGUACAGUGCCAAGACUGGCAUCAGAUAUUGCCCGUCCGUGUUGUCCAGAGAUGCUCUUCUGCCCAUAAACAUCAGCAUCCAUUUCCUUCCACCCCCUGGGCCCACCCCUCUCGCUCUCGGUUAGCUGUCUUCGUGCUCUUGACUUCCCAUGAGUGCUUUCAGCUCUCAGUGCAGGUCUACGAGCUCAGCUCCUGCAGCAUGAGGCUUUUCUCCCCUCGAUUCCUGCAGCACAGGCUGCAAAGAGCUUGGCUGGUUGGGGGUAAUUUCUUGCUUUCUGUGUUUGUGUUUAGAAAACCCUUCUGCAGUGUUGGUCUGAUUUCAUACCUAAGACUGAAGAGCUUAGGCUUGGUCAUCAGCAAA